AUGGAGGACGUAGAUGUACUUGAACAGGUCAUUCAGCAGCGUAAAUCUACUGUAACUGAUAACUCAAAAGUCAUUGUUGUCUUCAAGAGUAUCGGCAAUGCACCGAUCUUAAAGAAUAAUAUUUUUAAAAUCUCGGCUUCUUACAAAUUCGAGUUCAUCAUUCAGUUCCUUCGUAAACAGCUCAAAUAUCAAGGCUCAGAUCCACUGUUCCUUUAUAUUAACAGUGCCUUUUCGCCUUCACCAGAUGAAACAAUAGCUAAUAUACACAAGUGUUUCAACACGAACGGACAUUUGAUAAUAAACUAUUGUACAACUGCUGCUUGGGGUUAA